AUGGGUGUCUACAGAAUCAUUAUAUACUUAUUGCCGUUGACUAUGUAUCUGAGUGGGUUGAGGCCAUUUCCACUCCUGCCAAUAAUGCCAAGAGUACCUAGAGUUAUAAUCAGUGAUGGAGGAUCUCACUUUCAUGGGCGAAAGUUAGACACCCUUCUCCAGAAGUAUGGUGUAUACCAUAGGACAUGUCUAGCCUAUCAUCCCCAAACUAGUAGCCAAGUUGAAGUUUCUAACUGUGAGAUCAAGGCCAUUCUAGAGAAGGUGGUAGCAAAAUCAAGGAAAUGGAGUGAUAAGUUGGAUGACACCCUUUGGGCAUACACAAUUGCAUUAAAGACCCCAAUAGGUACUCUUCCUUAUAGACUUGUGUAUGGUAAAGCAUGUCACCUCACGGUGGAAUUAGAGUACAAAGCAUAUUGUGCUAUUAAGGAACUCAAUUUGGAUGCUAAGCUAGCGAGAGAAACGAGGCUACUUCAACUUAACCAACUUGAUGAUUUUAGGUUAACGGCCUAUGAUAGUGCACGUGUCUACAAGGAGAAGACUAAGAGAUGGCACAACAAGAUGAUCCUUCCGAGAGAGUUCAAAGAGGGUGACAAGGUUUUGUUAUUCAACUCUAGACUUAAACUUUUCCCAGGAAAGUUAAAGUUAAGUAGGUCAGGUCCUUUUACCGUAAAAAGGGCUAAUAAAUUUGGCUUUGUGGAAUUAAUUGAUGAGCAUGGUAAUGAGUUCAAGGUAAAUGGUCAAAGACUUAAGUUGUACCAUGAAGGGGCUACUAUUGGUGCGGUUGAAUUACUUCACCUAAUCAAUUCCGGUUUAUCUUGA